CUCCGCCGCCAUCGUCGCCGCCGGGAACCCCGCGGCUGAGGGGGCCACGCCAGGCGACGCCGCUGAGGCCGCUCGCAGGAGAGUCUUGCAGAUCUGGACGCUGACGACCGACGCAGGGCCGGAUGAGGUGAAAGCCCGCGCGCUGUUCAUAGGCAUGGCGAUGGCCCGCCAGCCGAGCACGCUCUUCUUGGACGCCAACUGCGUGGCGCAUCAGUUCCAGCUGUGUGUCAAGGACCAUCUGAAGUUCAUGGACCAGUUCCUGAAAGAUAUGGGCGCCGAGUUCUUCUUCUGGUCUAGCGUUGCCAAAGUGAUGCACUGCUGGAGAAACGACGCAGUCAAGUUGUUCAAGAUUUGGGCCGAGCUGUAUGGCCCCGCGGCGGCAGUGUCAGCUGGGGUUCCAGAUGCUGACCGGAGCAGCGGGAUCACGGAUAUCAGCGGCGAGGAGUCCAAGCUCUAUUCAGAGAAGAUGUCCCGCUGGGCCAAGGAUGUCCUCACGGCGCUGCACGACGACAGUCUCUGGAUUGCAGUCCGAGUCUCCACUUGUAUCCGGGGCCCGCUUGAUCACCUUUUGCAUUUUCUUCAGAAGGGCCGAUCGGUUGGGAGCGAGGUGCAGAAUCUCGGUUUGCUCGUGUAUGGCGAAGCUGCCAGGAUUGGACGCGGAUUUGACGACAUGUUGUCUUCGGACUUCCCCGACGUGAUGACCGGGGUGCCGCCGGAGAGUCGUGCCGCGGUCAGUCGGUGCAUGCGGCGCGGUGUAUUAGCUGCAGCAAGUAAUUACGAUUUUCGCAUCGUCCGCCCCUGCUCAGAAUGCCCGCUGAAGCUCCUCCUCCUCUGCAAGUCGCCCGCCGACAAGUGCUGCCGCGAGAGGGCCGAGGUGGCCCGGGAGUUGCUGGGCGGCAACCCUGAUGAGCUGCACGUCGCCGCUGCCGCGGUGAAGCGCUUAUUCCCGGCGGAGCUCCAGGCAGUGGUGGGCAAGUAA